AUGGCUUUCAGGCAGUCGGAGGACGAUGCACAAGAAGGUGCAACGCCGGUGACAAUGCAUCACGCCAACGUAGCCAAGAUCAUCCUUCGCUGCCCCUGGAGAUCAGGUGGCCACCGUUCCGGCUCCGCCAUUACGCUGGCUUCUGGGUGCCAGAGGUUCCAGCCGAGACCCACCGACGUGUUCCUUGUAAGCUACCCCAAGUCUGGAACCACUUGGCUUAAGGCCCUAGCCUUCGCAACGCUGAAGCGUUCCACACAUCCGCCGUGCGACGACGACCAUCCGCUGCGCCAUUGCGGCCCUCAUGACUGCGUCAAGUUCCUCGAAAUUGGUAUGAACACAGGGAAUGAGUUUGAUGCGCUUCCUCCCCCCGUGUGCUGGCUACGCACCUUCCCUACUCCCUGCUACCCAACAGCAUCACAGGUAUACGAGGAGAUGCUCCUUGCGCCGGAGAGUCACGUCAAGAAGCUAGCAAGGUUCAUGGGCUGUGAAUUUUCCAAGGAGGAGGAGGAGGGCAGGGUUGUGAGCGCCAUCGUGGAGCUGUGUAGCCUGGCCAAGCUGAGGGACAUGGAGGUGAACAGAAAUGGAAGCACUAGGAUGGGGAUCAAGAACGAAAGCUUCUUCAGGAUGGGAGUUGCUGGGGACUGGAGCAAUCACAUGACGCCGGAGAUGGCGCAGAGGCUAGACAAGAUUGUCGAGGAUGCAUUGCAAGGGACUGGAUUCACCUUUGCGAGCACAGCAUGA